CAGUAUGUGCCUGAACAAAAAGUCAACUAUCAGCUCGGGAGCUGUUUAAUUUGACAUGAAGAUGUUGAGUACUUAGUUUUAAAAAAAAGUCAUUCGUGAGACUUGGAUGUUCUGACAACAUUGAAGAAGACUGGUGCCCUGUUCCAGCGUCAGCCCUGUAGCUGUGGUUUGAAAUUCCACCAGUGACUGCUGCCCUUCUCAAUGAGGUACAGAAGAGCUCAGAUCUGUCUCUGGGCUCGUAGCUCAUGUUGUCUGUCCCGCUACUGCGUGCCUGACAAAAUUCUUCAGGUCCGAACCUACAGUGUUCAGCAUCAGUCUGGACGGCCCCCACCCACUAAUCCCUCCCCUCCUGAGCAAAAAGGUGGUGCUGAAGUGGUGAAGGAGCGCGCCCUGUCUGCUUUACAGUAUGCAGGUGAGUUGGGACACCAGUGGGGUCAGAGGUCGGCCCAGACGGCCACCACCACUGUCAACUACUGGUGGGAGAGGUAUGAGGAGUUUGUGGGACUCAACGAGGUCCGUGAGGCUCAGACAAAAGUCACUGAGGCUGAAGCAGCAUUCAUGGUGGCCAGAGGGAUUGUGCGUGAGGCACAUGAAAGCCUGGAAGCCCUGCAGGGCCGAUUGAAAGAGGUCAGAGACCGGCUGGACAGAGUCUCCAGGGAGGAGGCUCACUAUUUGGAGCUAGCCACCCAGGAGCACAAGCUGCUGCAGGAGGAGCGUCGUCUCCGGACUGCAUACGAGAGUGCAGAGGGUUCAGAGAGAGAAAAGUUUGCCCUGUUUUCAGCAGCCGUCAGGGAGAGCCAUGAGAAGGAGAGGACGAGAGCAGAGCGCACCAAGAACUGGUCCAUCAUCGGCUCAGUGCUCGGAGCCUUGAUCGGAGUCAUGGGAUCAACAUACGUCAACCGUGUUCGCCUUCAGGAACUGAAAAACCUGUUGCUGGAGGCCCAGAAAGGUCCAGAGAGCCUACAGGAGGCCCUCAGAGUCCAGGCUGGAAACCAUCGCUCCCAGCAGAAUGAGCUCCGAACGCUCAUUGACAGCCUCAGGGUUGCUCUGACUCACGCUUUCUCCCAGAAGAACGGUGACCCUCAGGAAAAACGACAACCAGCCUCACCAACUGUGUCUCUUUCAGCAUUGAAAGACCUUCAUAUUGGUAACCAGAGGACCGAGUCCAUCCUGGAGUCCCUCCCGCCUCAGCUGGGGCAGCUUGAGAAAGGUCUCGGUCGGGUUGAGGACAAACUGUCAGUAGUAAGGAAGCUGCUAGAAACCAAACCACAGGCUGAAAUGCAGACUGGUCCACAAACUGGUCAGCUACAGGUGGAAAGACCAGAAAGGGAGCAUCAGUGGGAGACUGAGACAGUGGUGAGGAGUCUGGAGGAAGCCCAGAGGACACUGGGAGAACAAAUCAGUACAAACACUGUUUAUAAUGCUGUGUUUACCUACACCGCUACCGCCAUCACUGUCUCUGCUGUCUACCUGCUGCUCAGAGGAACCGGUUAGACAUGAUACCUCCAGUCUCUGCGUCUACAUGCACUGUUGCUCUGGUGCUCACAGGGAACAAUCAUGUUAAUAAAUGAUUAUGGGAAGUUUAAUUAACACAUUUUCUCCAAUAAACAGGGUACAGGUGUUGAUUUGGUUUUACUAUUGACUUCUGCUGUUUGCUGCAGUUAUAAAGCAACUUUUUCACCCAUGCAGAGCUUCCACGCAAGGAGCUCGCUGCCAUUGAGAAGAACUCAAAGGUUCUUUGUCUUGCUCAAAGACACUUUGGCAUUUGGAGAAAAAAAAUUAACCUGCUUUGUAAUUCUUGGACCUCCUGCUUCACAGUUUCAGCUACAUCAUCUCAUUUCCAUUUAAAUAGUUGGUGCUGCAUGAGUUGAAGCCAAGAAUUUUGCACUUUUUCAUUGUUGCUUCCUGGAUCUCAGAAACAUCUCAGUUGAGUAUUUCUGGAUUGUAUCUGCAACAUCUGUUAAUUUUUUUUAUAAAUACUUAAUAAAAUAAAAAGCCCAAGGCAAAUAAUCCCUUCCACAUCAACACCUGGGACCAUGACAAUAAUUCCAAUAGGGGCUGGGACAUCACAUUUUAGUCCUCUAAUUAAAACAAAAUGAAGUCAAGUGAUGUUGACAUAACUAAGGAGGUGUAAGUCAGAUUGUAACUGAUGUCUUGAUUCAGCCUUAUAACCAUCUGCCUUGUCAACAUUAGAGAGCAUGUAGACAAUGUAGGUGAAGGUGUCAGCUGAAGAGGAAGACUAUAAAUCUUGUAAUACUUGAAUGUGUCGUGAGUCAGUCAUGUUACUGACAGUGUGCACUGAGCUGGACAAUAAUCACUGUUUAUUAAAUUGUCAUAUGGGAAACUGAA